CCCCGAGUUCCUGGACAAGGUGGUGGACCCGGAACUGGAACACUGGGGGAGGAAGCUGAACGAACUCUGGAAGGACCUCGGCCGCAAGAUUUCAGACGACGUCGAAAGGAACCCGGAAAAAUACUCGCAGAUCUUCGUCCCGAAUCCUGUCAUUGUACCUGGUGGGAGGUUCAGAGAAUUUUACUACUGGGAUUCGUACUGGACCAUCGACGGGCUUCUGCUGACGGGGAUGGAGGAGACGGUCAAGGGGAUGCUGGAGAACUUUAUCCAGAUGGUGAACGCCUAUGGCAUGGUGCCCAACGGCGGCCGCGUCUACUACACCCGCCGGAGCCAGCCGCCCUACCUCAUCCCUAUGGUUAAGCUCUACAUGGACCAGACAAACGACCUCGAGUUCCUCCGGACGCACAUCGACCAGUUGGUGGAGGAAUUUGAGUUCUGGGAAAACGAGCGUUCGGUGGAGGUUCAGGGAAGGUCUGGCAGGACGUACAAAGUUGCCCAAUACAGAGCCGAAGUUGGAGAACCCAGGCCAGAGUCUUACAGAGAGGACUAUGAGCUGGCUCAUAACCUCAAGUCCGAUGAAGCCAAGGAACAGCUGUAUGUGGAACUCAAGUCAGGUGCUGAGUCUGGUUGGGACUACUCCACACGCUGGAUCAUCAACAAUAACACUAAUAAAG